AUGAAUCCCAUGAUAUCCAACUUGAUUUUAAUGCUAGUGAUGAUGCAAGUCGCACGUCAACUAAAUAUGGAAGAUCCAACAGUUAUCUUUUACAUAAGAGUUUUGUAUUGUUCAUGUACCGCAUUAACUUGGAUUGUUUAUCAAUACGCUCGUAAGAAGAUUAUUGCUAAAAAUGAUUUGACUACAUUGAAAUACGUUCAGCCACAGUCUCCAUUUUCUGCUGCCAGCAACACUGGCGACAAAUUCUGUGUUACCACUGUCAGGGACUAUGAUUUGGAGCAAAUUGAUUCUUCUAUUAAAAGUGUCUACACCGGUGUUUUAAUGAUGGGAUUUAUGCAUUUGUACAUGAAUUACACCAACCCAUUGUUGAUGCAAAGUAUUUCUCCUGUUAAGGCUGCUUUUGAACAUAACUUAGUUCAAAUUCAUUUGUUUAACAAGCCAGCUGUUGGUAACUUGAAAAGACCAUUUGCACAACAAAGUAUGUUUGGCCAAAACGCUAAGAGUCCUAAUGCUGCUGACAAAAAGGCUCUUGAAGAAGCUGAAAAAAGUGGGAAUGGUGGCAUCAAGUCUGAAUAG